AUGACACAGCCAGCUAAAGGAAAGAAGCCUGCCCCAGCCCCAUUCUCUACCAAGACUGCCUCUACCAAGGCUGCCAAGAACCCUCUCAUUGAGAAGAGACCCCGUAACUUCGGUAUCGGUCAAGACAUUCAACCCAAGAGAAACCUUUCUCGUUUCGUCAAGUGGCCCGAGUAUGUCCGUCUCCAAAGACAAAAGAAGAUCUUGAACCUCCGUCUCAAGGUCCCCCCUGCUAUUGCUCAAUUCCAAAACACUCUUGACAAGAACACUGCUGCUCAAGCUUUCAAGAUCUUCAACAAGUACAGACCUGAGACUGCUGCUGAGAAGAAGGAGCGUCUUACCAAGGAGGCUGCUGCCAUUGCCGAGGGUAAGAAGAAGGAGGAUGUCUCCGAGAAGCCUUAUGUUGUCAAGUACGGUUUGAACCACGUUGUUUCUCUUAUUGAGAACAAGAAGCCUCAACUCGUCCUCAUUGCCAACGAUGUUGACCCUAUUGAGUUGGUUGUUUUCCUUCCCGCUCUCUGCAGAAAGAUGGGUGUUCCUUACGCUAUCAUCAAGGGUAAGGCCCGUCUUGGAACUCUUGUUCACAAGAAGACUGCUGCUGUUGUUGCUUUGACUGAGGUCAAGUCUGACGACAAGGCUGCUCUCUCUACUCUCCUCUCCACCAUUGAGGCCAACUACUCCUCUAAGUACGAGGAACUCCGCAGAAAGUGGGGUGGUGGUAUCAUGGGUGCCAAGGCCCAAGCCAAGAUUGAGAAGAGACGCAAGAUCCUCGAGGCUGCCGUUAAGGUCUAA